AUGACUGGUGAUCUCGACAUUGGAAAGGACGGAGCCGAAUUUAUCAUCACCGGCAGCUAUUGGAAUGGGCCAAGAACAUCUUUCACGGUAGUCUCACUUGAUCGUCUCGCUUAUCUCCGCUGGUCUCUUUCCGGACCCAUUAACCGCCAGCGACUCCUCGGCAGGAAAUUACCAAUGGAACCCCCAAGCGAUGCCUCUCCUUCUCUUCCUUCCGUGUGCCACCCACCACCCAAUGGAUCUGCAGGCGGGCAAAUGCAUCUUAGCAACAACGGUUGA